AUGUUUAGCGCAGUUCAGUCGCUAAACAUUAAUAUCUGCUAUUUGCAGACGAGCGAGGGUCGUGCAGAAUUACUUGAAGCUGGACAGUACGCGCGCACAGCCUAUUUAUCGGAUGAUGCGAGUACGCCCAUUGUGGGAGUAACUAAUGAGACACUUGAUCCUGGGACUGGGGCGAUUUCUGUGCGUUCGAGUGAUACCGAUCGCACACUGGAAAGCGCACACUAUUUUCUCGAUGGUUUACUCAACGGCGCAACAUUUGUACCAAUUCAUGCAACGUCUGUGGACACAGACAUGAUUCUCAGAGGACACUUCAGUUGUCCCAAAUAUCAACAAAAGCUGGAUGAGUUCUAUGUCAGCGACGAGUUCACGAGUAAAGAGGAGAGCACUGAAGCCUUGCGUCAGGCGGCGCAGGCGAUGGCUGUGGAGGUCAGUGACGAUGCGGAACAGGUCUUAGCGACACUCCAAGAUGUGUACAAUGUAUAUGAUAUUUUACAUUCGAGCAACAUCAGCACAACGAACCCUACAUAUAUUGAUAUAGAACAGCUAGCCUUUUGGCUGGAGUACGAACGGUAUAGCUCAGACGAAGCCAUCACAGCCAGCUCAGGAAGAAUCAUGUAUGAAAUUUGGCAACAAUUUGAUGAUGUGGUGAAAUAUGCGGGAGGAAAGCCACAACCCGUUGAUGAGUAUAUAAAGGUACAAUACUACUCAGCACACUAUUCGGUGAUAAUCCCGUUGCUGGACUAUCUACACGCUGAGACUAAAACCUUGACGACCAUCCCAUCGCCUGGCACUGUACUUGCCUUCGAGCUAUAUCGCAAUCUCGAUGACAGCGGUUUCAAUGUCCGGGUAGUUCUGCGAUCGCCUGAAGGCACUGCAACACCCACGGCCACAGCCACCUUCGAAAAUUCAACCGUAGGCCCAAACGCGGUUGUACUUCCCAUCGACAUAUGUGGUACAGGUAACCAGGAAUUCUGCAAUUGGACCGAAUUCAAAGACAUUGUGACUAUGGGUGCCCUGGCCAAUGAUACGAGCUGGUGCGACUACUGCACCGCCGAAGUCGACGGUCAAACAGAGCUCUCUCCCCGGUGUACUAUGGUGGGGUCUGAUGUCACGUCACAGAUGGACAUGUCCGGCACACUCACUGUGGCCUCUACAGAAAGUACAGCGGAUGCUUUCCCCACGCCACUGGAUGAUACUGCAGGUUCAUAUUACACAAACGGCAGUUCCACUAUGGCUCUCAUCAUAGGAAUUGUCGGGCUAAUUUUGCUUUUGGGGGCGUUAAUUGCGUUAUUCCUAUGUAUCAGACGCAGAAGGAAUUCAAACCGUUAUCGACACGACCAUGUAUAUCAGGAAAACAGUCAUCCGGAGAUGAGUUCGACAAGCCACAAACCGGGGAGUGUAGAUUCACAAACAAAGACCAGCGCGCGCAUGACCGGCAGCAGUCGGCUGGUAGAGAACAGCGAUGGCGGUUUAGCGGUCGCAUCGGCAACCGAGCACGCGAACCCCUUAUACGUCAGCGGAAACAUGCCUUCCGACGACGCUUUCAGCGGCUACACCCCCCCUCCAGGGCCUGACGAUUCAUCAACUGCGAAUGCGAACGAGCAUAUCUUGUCCCGAGCGGAUUCGAAUGCGCCCAUGGUGUCAUAUCAGGAAACCCCCGCUCAGUUAGAGGCGCCCAUUACGGAGACGGGGCAAGAGGGUCUGCACCACAGUAAUCCUUUCAGGCUGGACUGAGAGGUCAAACAUAAGAAUAGCGCAAUAGACAGGUGCCUUUGAUAAGUAUAGUAUUACAUUUGAGGUGUACAUAGCGAACGCAGGCUUGUAGCAGGCUUCAGGUGAUAGCUAUAAAUCCAAUGGUUUAAAAGUUUAGGGUGCACUUGGUCGUCGUUUUGGACUACAACAUAUUUGCGAUGUAAACUACGUAACACGUUGCAUGGUGUAUUCGAUGGACUAUCUGUAGAUAGUUACUUCCGAGGUGAAUAAAAAGCGUACAUGUGCC